CAUAAAAAAUAACACUAACCUGUGCUAAAUCCAAGAAUCUUGUCCCUCAAUUCUCCUUAUUAAAUAGAUAAACCUUGUUAUAUAUCCAAAAAUAUUCACACCACCCCCGCCCACCUUAUAAAAGUUGCUCCCAUUUCUUCUUUAGCUUAGUUUUUUUUUCUCUUGUGUAUGUCUUACACAAAUAUGAUGCAAGUCACAGUUUUUGUAUUCUUCCAUCUUGUUAUUACAUCUGCACUUAGCCUAAACUGUGACAAAUUCCCUACAUCACAAGACUAUCAAUGUCUUGAUAAAACACCUGAUAAAAAAUGCAAUACUUAUGCUAUCCUUCAUGCUAACUCUCACUACUCAUCCCUCUCAAAUCUAACCUCUUUGCUGAGACUUGCUCCGGCCGAUCUUUUAGAAGCAAACGCCUUCUCCAACUCCGUUAACUUCUUGAUCCCGAUCCAAUGCAAGUGCAGCAGCAAUGGCUUCUCCACAGCUGAAUUGACAAAGAUUAGCAUCAAAGGUGAGAGCUUCUCUGACAUUGCUGAAUCCCUCAUGGGCUUGACUUCUUGCUGCGCCAUCAAGGCGAAAAACCCGAGCAUCCCGCCAUGGAACAUUCCAGAAGGAAAGAGCAUUAUAGUCCCAGUGAAGUGUGCCUGCCCUGCUCCGGAUGAUUCUAGAAAGUUCCUAGUGACUUAUCCUGUUAAGGCAGGCGACACACUAACUGAAUUAGCUGCAAAGUUUAAUGUAACCCGAGAUUUAUUAGUCUCUGCUAAUGCUAAGUAUUCAGCAUUAGGUUUCAAACAAGAACAAGACAACCUCGUACCAACCUCAACACUUGUGAUUCCUUCACAAGGGAAGCCAAUUCUCGGCUUCCUGGAGAGGCCGGAAGAGAGCAUCCGUGUUAAGAAGCAGCGAAGGAGGAGGAGGAAGACGAAGAAGUGGAUGAUUGGAGUGUUUGCAGCGAUUGGAGUGAUCGGUUUCUUGGCUUGCAUAGGCGUCGGAUUAGCCUUUUUCUUCACUAAUGUGAGGAAAAAGAGGGAGGAGAGUUCUAUAAAGAGAAAGAGGGCUUCGGAUGUGGAAAUGCAGCAGCUGAGUUUAAGCAUCAGGACGACGAGCGACAAGAAGGUGUCGUUCGAGGGGUCUCAGUACAACGUGGAGGAGGCGACGAAGGGGAGGGUGGAGAGCUACGCGUUUGAGGAUCUGCACAAGGCGACGGAGGGGUUCAGCUCCAGCAACCUCAUUGCUGGCUCUGUUUUCCAAGGCCGUUUCAAUGGGAAAAACGUGGCUGUGAAGCGCGUUUCUUGGGAGAAAAUGAGCAAGAUGGAUUGUGAGGUGGUGGUAAAUGGAGCCGUCCAUGGCCACCCCAACAUCAUGGCAAUGCUGGGGACUUGCUUGGUUGAAGGAUCUGAUUCUUUCAUCGUGUUUGAGUAUGCGAAGAAUGGCUCAUUGAAGGACUGGAUCCAUGGGGGAUUGGCGAUCAAGAGCCAUUUCAUUGCUUCUUGCAGCUGCUUCCUCACUUGGAAUCAGAGGAUUAAAAUCUGCCUAGAUGUAGCUACCGCGUUGCAGCAUAUGCACCACAUCAUGAACCCGAGUUGCGUUCAUGGGAACGUAAGGAGUCGGAACAUAUUCCUCGACGAAGAUUUCACUGCAAAACUAGGUUUGGUGAAGUUGGGAGAAGAACAAGAGUCAGACAACGGGUAUUUAGCACCGGAGUUUGUCAGUCAAGGUACGGUCUCGACUGGGAUGGAUGUGUUCGCUUUGGGUGUGGUGAUGCUGGAGGUUCUAUCCGGGAAGCCUCCAGUGGAAAGAGACGGGGCAGGGAAGGUGUCGGACGAGAUUAAGAGGAUUCUGGAAACAGAGGAAACAGGGGAACUCAGGGGAUGGAUGGAUGGUGCAUUGGGUGAGAGUUAUUGCUUCGAUGUGGGUGUGGCUGUGAUGUUGGCCAAUGUUGCGAGAUCUUGUGUGGAAGACGACGUGUCGUUGAGGCCUAAUGCGGGGGAGAUCGUCGAGAAGUUGCUCAGAUUAGUCGAGGAGUUGCCGGAGAAGGACCAGUUAAGUUGAGUAUGUGUUGUUAGUAUAGUGCUAUGGCCCAAGGAGAUGUGAAAGUUGGUCUUAUUAGUUUAUGUAUACUUGUUAUAGGUUGUUCAACCUAAAAGUCUUAUUUUGUCAAGUUAGGUAUCGAAUUAGUACAUAUAAAUGAUAGGUAACGUUUAAGUUGUAUUUGUACUUUAGCACUUGAGGGGCAUAAAUUGUACCCUUUUCUAUAACAUUAGUAAUAUGAUGAAAUGAAUCACAAAUUGAAUGAAAACUCUACUCACAUUACAAAGUGAA